CUCCGCUCCACUCCCAGCCAAACUUCCUCCAGGGGCAAGGUGGGGGACGGCAGCCCAAAAAUACCCCUGCCCCCCCUCCCCGAGCCGGGCUGAGAGAUGCUGUAGGGCAAAUCAACCCUCGGGAGCUGCCCCCUGUCCCUUUGCCCCUGCUCUCCCCAUCGCGGUGCCGGACGCUGGAUCCCCGACCCUCGCCCGCCUCCCCCCGGGGCUCAAGGUGUGGAUCCCUCCCUGGUGCCGGCCGGGGCUGUGAGCUCCCACCAUGGGGGUUAAAGCGAUGCUCCCCAGCUACGAGCUGGGUUUCUACGCUCUCGUGGUCACCUGUGCUGUGCUCUACAGCGGCAGCGGCAUCUUCGAGGCAUCCCGAGACAGCAUGAACAGAAAAGCUUUUCGGGACGGCAUAAAGCCAGGCUGGCACUACUUUGGCAGAAAGAUGGACGUGGCUGAUUUCGAGUGGGUGAUGUGGUUCACCUCGUUCAGGAACAUCAUCAUCUUCGCCCUCUCGGGACACGUCCUCUUCGGCAAGAUCUGCUCCAUGGCUGUGCCACAGCACCGGGCUGUGAUGUACAUGAUCUACGGGCUGCUGGCUGUGCUGGCCAGCAUGGGGCUGCUCUACCUGAUGAUCAUCCUGUCCCACUGCCUGCUCCUCUACUCGGUGGCCCUGGCCAAGCAGAAGUGGCUCUGCUACGUGGCCGGGCUCUGCUGCCUCGCCUCCUUCAAGGUGGAGCCCUUUGGCUCGUGGCAGAGUGGGUUUGUUACAGGAGCUUUUGACCUCCAAGAUGUUCUUUUCUUCGGGGGCUGCACCUUCACCAUCAUGCGCUGCAUGAGCUUCGCCCUCGAGAGCUCCGAGAAGGACGAGGGCAUCUACUCCAUCCUCGACCUCCUCAAGUACAACUUCUACCUCCCAUUCUUCUUCUUCGGGCCUGUCAUGACCUUUGACCAGUUCCAUGCCCAGGUCAGCACCCGAGAGCUGCGGCGCAAGGACGACGAGAUGAGGAGCAUCCGUGUCAAUGCCCUGCUCCACGUGGGGGCCAUCGUGGCUGUGGACAUCUUCUUCCACUUCUUCUACAUCCUCACCCUCCCUUCUGACCUGAAGUUCGUGACCCGCCUCUCGGACUGGUCCUUGGCUGGCCUGGCCUACUCCAAUUUGGUGUAUGACUGGGUGAAAGCUGCUGUCAUGUUUGGGGUCAUCAAUACCAUUGCCAGACUGGACCACCUGGACCCACCCCAGCCCCCAAAAUGCAUCACCAUGCUCUACAUCUUUGCUGAAACGCAUUUUGACAGAGGGAUUAAUGACUGGCUGUGCAAAUACGUGUAUGACCACCUUGGAGAGAACCAUGACAACAUCCUGAAGGAGCUGGUGGCCAGCACCACCACGUUUGCCAUCACCACCCUGUGGCUGGGGCCCUGCCAGCUCGUUUACAUCUGGUCCCUCUUCAACUGCUUCGGCCUCAACUUCGAGCUCUGGGUGCAGAAGUUCUUCCAGCUGGGGCCCUUUGCCAAACUGGAGGCCAAGCUCUCAGGGGCCAUGUCCCGGCGGAUCAGGGCAGCUUUUGGGGCAGUGAACUUCUGGGCCAUCGUCCUCUACAACAUCCUGGCCCUCAACAGCCUGGAGUUUGCACUGCUGGUGACCAAGAGGCUCCUUGUGAUGGGUUUCCCUGUGAGCACCCUGUCCAUCUGGUUCAUCACCUACUGCGGCGUGCAGCUCAUCAAGGAGCGCGAGCGCAUCCUGGCCCUCGAGGAGGAGCUCAAGGCUGACAAGGCAAAGCUGGAGUAGGGAGAGGCACCACAGGCUUGUCCCCAAAGCCUUGUCUCCCUUCCAGCCCCUGGCCAGGGCUCUGCAAGCCCUCCUGACAAUCAGACUGCUGUAGAUCCACGUAGAAGUCACCUGGAAGGCACAGGUCGCCCUCCUGCUGCAGGAAGGAUUUUCCAUCAGGCACAGUGGGUGUUUCACAGUCUCUCCAGGAUGCUGAGGCAGCUCCCAGGACGUUUCUUUCAAGCCAGAGUCAUCCCCAUUGUUUUUCUGACCCUCUGACAUUGUGCAGGCUCAGAGAUUUCACCCCCUGCUUCCCACAGUGCUUGGUCCACCAGCACUGGGCUCCCCACAGCCCCUGUCUCCCAGAGAACACCCUCCAGAUCCCAUGGCUGGGGGUUUUAGGGCCCUGCACUGCUGGAUCCAAGACUGAUGUGGCCACCACGACCACCCCACUGGGACUCAAGCCAAAGCCCACCUCUGUGUUUUUUAUAUGCCAUGGACAAAGGUCUAAGCUCACAUUCCUGCCCAUGGCUGAGGGACAGAACGUGCUGCAGCCAAGCCUUGCUCAUCUCCAGCCACCCACCCCUUUCCUCAGCUGCCUCUGGUGUGCACAGCCCACAGCUGCAGGGUGAACAGGAUCAAAGGAGGAAAACCCCAGAUGAAGGGCAGGGACUUGGGGCUGGGUGCUGGAGGAGCAGCCCAUGGGAGACUCCUUGGAGAAUCAGACUUUGGGAGUGUGUGAAGCACAGUGCCUUGGGGGAAAGGUGGGUUUGUAACAGGAAAAUAGCUCUGGCUCUCUUGCACUUUAGAGUAACUCGUGGCCUUAUGUCUGAGUCAUGUCCCUGUUUGGUGAGGGCAGGAUCCACACCCCUCUGCAACAGGGGUUAGGACACUUGCUGCAUCCCUGUGGGUGAAGCAGGAUGGGUUCCUAGCCAGCUUUCAGCUCUGCCAAAGUAAUUUGUGAAGUUCCUGGUAAGUGUCACUUAUUUAUGUAGCCAAUAAAUGUUGGAUAACUCUGGCACCACUGCUCCUCCCUGUUGUGCUGCUGGCCACUGGAGCUGAGAGGACAAAGAUCUGUGUGCAGGUCCUCACCUGCCCCCCAAAAGAGUUCACAGGACAUUUUUGGCUUCAGCAGAA